AUGUCACUUGAAACUAGGAAAAGUUCUACAAGUGCCAUAGUCAUUCAAGCAAAGAGCACAAUUCUACAUUUCACUAUUAGAGAGUUUGCUUUGGUGACUGGUUUGAAUUCUGCUACAAAUAAGAAUGAAUUUGUGUUUGACGAGGAGCGCCCAAAUAGAAUUAUUGAUCAAUAUUUUGAUGGUGAGAGUUUUGUACAGAAAAAAGAUUUAUAUGUUGUUGUUUCUGACAAAAUUCGGGGGAAUGAUAACGAUGAAGAUGCAUUAAAGUUUGCCAAUUUGUAUUUUAUUCACGCAUUCUUACUAUCGCCAGUUGAUACCGUAGCUAUUCCACGCCUCUACUUUGAUUUGGUUGAGAGUGGCUGCUACAGUGAUUAUCCGUGGGGAUCGGCUGCAUUUGAAGAAUUAGCUAGAAGUUUACAUAAGAAGUUGAAGCCGAAAGGAAAGUUCUAUAUGCUUCUUGGAAUGCCAUUGGCCAUUCAAAUUUGGUUGUACGAGUGUUGUUCAAACGUGCCUCGUAAUGUUGCUUCCAAGGUGGAUUCUCAAAUCCCUCGUAUUUUGAAUUGGAAGACAAAUUCUCCUCGUCCAAGAUAUGAAACUCUUAUGGGAAGUAUGUUUGAUGAUACAGAUGACAAGGUUGUUUUUAAGAAUAUCGAGCCAACAAGAAAGGAGAUUUCAGCUUUUCAUAUACCGAAGAAACUUGUUCCUGGAUCUGCUAGUCAUAAUGAAGAUGACAUUGAUUCAGAUGAUGAUUUUCAAGAUCCUCCACAAAGACAAAAUCAGUUUACCACAAAGAAAAAACAUCAUGGCGAUUUCGCAGCUUCACCUAUAAAGAAAAAAAUGAAGCCACAUCCUAAAGGUGUAGAUAAGCUGACAUCAAAACGGACCCCUCCACCUCGUACUGCAAAGAUGUCUUUUGUCAGGACUCCAAUUCACAAGCCAACUCAAACAAAAGUUACGCUACGUGGAAAUAGAAAGGACAUAAACUGUCCUAACAGUAAAAAAUCUAUUCCGGUUCAGUCACCUGCUCUGUCUUCGUUUAGUUCUGAAGAUGAAGAAGGUGUUGUCUCGAAGAAAGUCUUUGAUAAGUUUUGUGAAAAGUUAUGGAAAGAGUUUAAUGAUAUCCGUGGCCUAGUGUCUUCCAGGUUUGAUCAGAUGAUGAAUGCAAUCAAUCAAAAUAAGGUUGCCGAAGAGAUGGCAGGAUAUCAAAGCAACAGUAUGAAUGAUGUGUAUAAUGAGAUUGAUGGGUACAAUGAGGAUAAUGACAUUGUUCUGGAAAAAACUGAUAUAGAUGUUCAUAAAGCAAAAGAUGUUUGUGUCGCUCUGAUCACAAAAUCAGUUGACAAAAGUAUUGGUGAAGCACAAAUAUCAGAAUCUCAAUUCACAUUUCCAGAUGACGUCCUUAGAAGCAUUGAUCUUGACUCCAUAACAAAAAACAAAGAAGGUGCGAUUGAGAUGAAUGUAAAUACACCAGCGGGACAUGAGUCAGAGGUUAAUGAUGUGGAUAAUUCAAAGUUAGAUCAGCAAUAUAAGAGUGCAGUCCACAUUCCUGCGGGAGUAAAUGUUGAAAGCAAUGCUGAUCAACAUUUGUCUGACUCUCAGAAUACUCUUCCGGAUGAGCUUCUUCCCAGUCUUAAUGCGUAUGUCAAUCUUGAACGAAUUAAUGCGAUAGAAGACACUAAAGUCACCAACAAGUUCAUGACGUGGCUUUCAUUGGAUCUUCUUAAAUAUCAUUUGAAGAGGAACAUCAAAGAAGAACAUUAUUUGAAGGGAAAGGUAAAAAUACCAGUUAUCAACUUUGAAAUUUUAUCUGUUGAAGACAAGAAUUGGUUCUACAUUAUGGGUACUCCUAGCCAGACGUGGUCAGAUGAGAAAAUUGGUGUAUACUUGUACUAUCUGCGAAAGAAGUCCAAGUAUGAUUCCAAUAUCUCAUAUAAGUUCAGCACUGUAGACUGCAAUUUCAUGAACAUUGCUACAACUGUGUUUGAUGUGUAUAAAUUGGAUAAUGCAACUCUUAAUGCUGGUGGAAAGAAAUAUCAUCUGAAUGAGUAUGUAAGUGGAUUUCGUAUGCAUGCUACAGUGCCAUGGCAUACGGUUGAUCAUAUGUUCAUUCCUGUUCACAUAAAGGCAAAACAUCAUUGGGUUCUUGCAGUUAUAUCUUUCAAUCAUAGAUGUAUAUACGUAUAUGAUUCUUUGUCAGCUGCUGGUCAUGAUAUUGCAGUGCUUAAUGAAAUUGAAAAGUUAGCUAAGGUUAUACCUAUAUGUCUCAUUGAAUGUAAAUUCUAUGAGAAUAAGGGUAUUGACAUCGACAAUCAUCCUAAUUACAAAUUGAAUGAUAAGAUGGAUCCGUUUGGUGUUUUAAUUGUGGAGAAUGUGCCUCAACAACCAAGUGGCAGCUUGGAUUGUGGUUUAUAUAUGGUUACGAAAGCAAACGCAAAGGCACAAAGUGAUGAUGAAGCAUCAAUGAGGCCUCUUCGGAUCACUGAGUUAACAGAAGGCACUGAAGUGGUUGAUAUUUGA